AAGUGUAGUCGAUAGCGAAGCGCGCGCACACACUCACUCACACAGUUAGCUGUACAACAGAACACCAACUCAUGUGUUCAUGGACACACCGAAAGUGGACCUCUUUACAACUUAAUUUAAGAGUAAACAGUCGACAAUGAAGCGGGACUUACGGAUUUAGAGCUUAGAGGAACUGAUAUGGGCGGUCUACUGCUGCUGCUGCUCAGGAGCUGCCUGCUGUCGGCAGUUCAAGGCUCACCACUCCUCCUCUUUGCCAACCGACGUGAUGUACGAUUAGUAGAUGCAGAGGGUGUGCGGGGUGAGUCCGCCAUUGUUGUUAGUGACCUGGAGGAUGCAGCAGCAGUGGACUUCCUGUAUGCUGAGGGCCUUAUAUUUUGGACUGAUGUUAGUGAGGAGGCGAUCAAACAGACCCACUGGAAUAAGUCAUCAAACUCACUUGAAGAGGCACUGGGAACUGGUCAGACAGUGGUAGUGUCUGGACUGGACAGUCCUGAUGGGCUGGCCUGUGACUGGCUGGGGCGAAAGCUCUACUGGACAGAUUCAGAGACCAAUCGGAUUGAAGUGGCCAACCUCAAUGGCACAUCAAGAAAGGUUCUGUUUUGGAUGGACUUAGACCAGCCCAGGGCUGUCGCUCUCAACCCUGCUCACUGCUACAUGUACUGGACUGACUGGGGAGAAGAGCCCAGGAUAGAGCGUGCUGGCAUGGAUGGCAGCCAUAGGAAAGUGAUUGUAAACGUGGACAUAUACUGGCCCAACGGUCUGACAAUAGACAUGGUCGAGGAGAAGCUGUAUUGGGCAGAUGCUAAACUCAGCUUUAUUCAUAGAGCUAACCUUGAUGGAUCAGCACGUGAAACAGUGGUGGAGGGAACCCUCACCCAUCCUUUUGCACUGACACUGUCUGAGGAGACAUUAUACUGGACCGACUGGCAAACCCGCUCCAUCCAUGCCUGUAACAAACACAGGGGAGACAAAGCCAGAGAGAUCCUCAGUGGGAUUUACUCCCCCAUGGACAUCCAGGUUCUGGAGCCUUAUCGUCAGCCUCAGAUCAAGACUUCCUGUAGUGACAAUAAUGGAGGCUGUAGUCAUCUCUGCCUACUCUCUCCAGUAUUGCCUUUCUACAGCUGUGCCUGCCCCACUGGUGUUCAGCUUAAACCAGACGGAAAGACAUGCAAGCCAGGAGCAGAACAGGUCUUAUUGCUGGCUCGACGCACUGACCUGCGGAGAAUCUCACUGGAUCUGCCAGACUUUACUGACAUAGUGCUACAGGUUGAUGACAUUCGACAUGCCAUCGCUAUAGACUACGACCCUAUUGAGGGUUACGUCUAUUGGACAGACGAUGAGGUUCGGGCCAUCCGACGAUCCCACAUUGAUGGCAGUAAUGCCAUGAUGCUGGUUACCACGGAGAUCAACCAUCCAGAUGGCAUUGCUGUGGACUGGGUGGCCAGGAACCUGUACUGGACCGACACUGGCACUGACCGCAUUGAGGUUACCAGGCUGAAUGGAACCUCUCGCAAAAUUUUAAUUUCAGAGAACCUGGAUGAACCCAGAGCCAUCGUCCUGGACCCCGUAAAUGGCUACAUGUACUGGACUGAUUGGGGUGAGCAUCCCAAGAUUGAGCGAGCCAACCUGGAUGGAACAGACCGGCUUGUUCUGCUCAACAGCUCUCUGGGCUGGCCCAACGGACUGGCAAUCGAUUAUGCUGCGGGAAAACUAUACUGGGGGGAUGCUAAAACUGACAAAAUCGAGGUGAUCAACGUGGAUGGCAGUAACAGACAGACUCUGCUAGAGGACAAACUACCUCAUAUCUUUGGUUUCACUCUGUUGGGUGAUUACAUCUACUGGACUGACUGGCAGAGGCGCAGCAUUGAGAGAGUCCACAAAGGCACGGCGGUACGAGAGAUCAUCAUUGAUCAGCUGCCAGAUUUAAUGGGACUGAAGGCCACUAAAGUGACAGAGACAUACGGAACAAAUGGCUGUGCAUUGGAUAACGGUGGAUGCAGCCAUCUGUGUUUCUGGCAGCGACAGACUGUUAGCUGUGCCUGCCCCAUGGGCAUGGAGCUUCUCUCAGACCUGCAGACCUGUGUGGUGCCUGAGGCCUUCUUGCUCUUCACUAACAGGGACAACAUCAGGAGUAUCUCUUUGGGCACCAACAGCAACGACGUGGCCAUUCCUCUGACUGGAGUUAAAGAAGCCUCAGCUCUCGACUUUGACGUCUCUGAAAGGAGAAUAUAUUGGACUGACAUACAGUCCAAGACAAUUAGUAGAGCAUAUAUGAAUGGCAGCUCAGUAGAACAUAUCAUAGAGUUUGGACUGGACUACCCAGAAGGCAUGGCAGUUGACUGGAUGGGUCGUAACAUCUAUUGGGCCGACACAGGCACUAACCGUAUCGAGGUGGCCAGGCUGGACGGCCAGUACCGGCAAGUUCUGGUUUGCAAGGAUCUUGACAACCCGCGAUCGUUGGACAACCCUCGCUCACUGGCACUGCACCCAGCUAAAGGAUACAUGUACUGGACAGAGUGGGGUGGUCGACCUCGUAUAGCCAGAGCAUACAUGGACGGCAGCAUCAUCAUGACCUUGGUUGAUAAAGUGGGCCGGGCAAACGGACUGACCAUUGACUAUGUAGACCAUCGACUCUAUUGGACCGACUUGGACACAUGUAUGAUCGAAAGCACCAACUUGCAAGGCCUUCAGAGAGAGAUCAUAGUAGACGACCUCCCUCACCCCUUCGGUCUGACCCAAUACCAAGAUUUUAUCUACUGGACAGACUUCAAUCUGCGGAGUAUUGAGAGAGCGGAUAAACGCAGUGGGCUCAACCGCACUGUGGUGUUGCAGGGUCAGCUAGAGCUAAUGCUAGACAUCCUGGUUUUCCACUCAUCCCGCCAGGAUGGUAGCAAUGAGUGCUCCCAAAACAAUGGCAACUGUGCCCAUCUUUGCCUGGCAACGCCUGCUGGUGCUCAGUGCCGCUGUGCCUCCCACUACACCUUGAACCCUGACGGACGAAACUGUAGCUCGCCCUCCAGUUUCCUGCUCUUCAGUCAAAAGGCCAGCAUCAGCAGGAUGGUUUUAGGAGAGCAGAGUCCUGAUAUCAUCCUGCCCAUCCACGUCUUAAGGAACGUCCGAGCAGUCAGCUAUGACCCACUGGACCGCCUUGUCUACUGGCUGGACGGACGACAGAACAUAAGAAGGGCCAGAGACGAUGGAGCCAUGUCCAUGAUUGUGAGCAGCACUUUUCAGUCAAUGGACAACCAGCUUCAUGACCUAAGUCUGGACCCGUACAGCCGCCACAUUUACUGGACCUGUGAGACAACCAACACAAUCAAUGUCCAGAGGAUGGAUGGACACACUGUGGGUGUGGUCCUGAAGGAUGAAACGGACAAGCCCCGGGCCAUCAUGGUCAGCGCUGAGAAAGGGUACAUGUAUUUCACCACAGUGCAAGAGCGCUCAGCUAAAAUUGAAGGCGCCAGUCUGGACGGGACAGAGAGAGAAUCUCUGUUUACCACUGGUCUAAUUAGACCAGUAGCUCUGGCUCUGGACAAUAAACUGGGGAAACUGUUCUGGGUCGAUGCUGACCUUAAACGCAUUGAGAGCAGUGAUCUUACAGGAGCCAAUCGCAUCGUCCUCCAGGAUUCCAACAUUCUCCAGCCAAUGGGGCUGACAGUCCUGGGAGGCCAUCUGUACUGGAUCGACCGGCAGCAGCAAAUGAUAGAGAGGGUGGACAAACUGACAGGAGAUGGACGCACACGCAUUCAGGGACGGAUAUCAUACCUGACCUCCAUCCAUGCUGUGGAAGAGAUGGACCCACAGGAAUUUGCAUCCCACCCUUGUUCCCGUGACAAUGGAGGUUGUUCUCAUAUCUGCAUUGCUAAGGGUGAUGGUACACCCCGCUGCUCCUGUCCAAUGCACCUGGUGUUACUGCAGGAUCUGCUGCGCUGUGGAGAGCCUCCCACUUGCUCCACAGAGCAGUUCACCUGCUCCACAGGGGAGAUCGACUGUAUUCCAAUGGCUUGGCGGUGUGAUGGUGUUACUGAAUGUGAAGACGGUAGUGAUGAGGAGAACUGUCCUGUGUGCUCAGCCUUCCAGUUCCUGUGUGAUAAAGGAGGCUGUAUUGAUGCUCAGAGGCGCUGCAACGGUGAACCAGACUGUGCUGAUGACACUGAUGAGCAAGACUGUGAAACUAUUUGCCCUCCCAAUCAGUUCCGCUGCAGUGACAACCAGUGCAUCACCAAGAAACAACAGUGUGACAACUACUCUGACUGUCCCGACGGAUCAGAUGAGCUUGCUUGUGAGAAUGUGUCACCUCCCUCCAGUGGCAUCCCCAACACGGGGCCCAACACCAUUGGUCCAGUCAUUGCCAUCAUCCUGCUGGUCUUUGUUAUCGGGGCAGCUUAUUUUGUUUGCCAGCGUGUGGUGUGUCGUCGCUACAAGGGCCCUAGUGGGACUUUUCCUCAUGAGUACAUUGGUGGUACGCCCCAUGUACCCCUCAACUUCAUCUCCCCAAGCAGCUCCCAGCAUGGCACCUUCCAAGGGAUUUCUUGUGGAAAGUCCAUGAUGAGCUCGGUCAGCCUGAUGGGAAGCAACAGCAGUGGAGCACCCCUCUAUGACAGGAACCACGUGACUGGAGCAUCAUCUAGCAGCUCAUCAUCUACCAAGGGAGCCUUCUACCCUCAGAUCCUAAACCCACCUCCGUCCCCGGCUACUGAUCGCUCUCUCUACAACACAGAGAUCUUCUACUCUUCCAACAGUCCGUCUACCACCAGAUCAUACAGACCUUACCAUCCAGUCCGUGGCACUGCCCCGCCUACUACACCCUGCAGCACUGAUGUCUGUGACAGUGACUACAACCCCCACCACCUGCCGGCUGGGCUGGCAUCAUCAACAGGCCGGUGGAAGGCCAUGGGCCAUGGCAGCCACGGCAAACACACCAAAUACUACAUGGACCUUAACUCAGACUCUGACCCCUACCCUCCACCCCCCACUCCCCGUUCCCAGUACCUGUCAGCUGAGGACAGUUGCCCCCCAUCCCCUUCCACAGAGCACUCCUACUUUCACCUCUGCCCCCCUCCUCCCUCACCCUGCACCGACUCCUUGUGACCCUCUAACAGCCCAAGAGGAAGGAAAGGACAGAGUAUGCUUGCCUCAUUCAGAAGUAGCCUUGUCUGGCCCACUGGGAAAGAACUAAUGUGCCAACCUUAGCCCUGAGUGGCUCACACAUGCUGUUUUAUCUCAACUGCUUAGGCUUUAGUGCCUUGUUCAAGGUUCCUAUGUCCCCAUUUGUUCAUAUCAUUAUUCCAGUCUUCCUGGAGCUCUCAGGGUGACCAUCAUUUGAUCAGUUUGUCUCCCAUGUGCUCUGCUCUAACAUUCUCUCACUGGUGGCCGAAGGUUCAAGGUCCUCUUUCCUUUCUAAAGAACACCAAAAGGAGAUGGUGGUUAUAAACAGCGAGCAGUUCCCACUUUAAUUUUCACUCCUCCAUAAUAAGAAAAAUUUGAUUUGCUGGGAAACAAAAUGUCAAGCCUUCCCUCUGUCCAAAUUUGAGCCCAACUCCUGGCCUCCCCUAAAAUCACUGACUUAGAGAGUCAUCAAAAGGCACUGCUGUUGUCUGGAAACCAUAGGUCCAAUGCCACAUGUUAUAAAAUAAGAACAAGCAAAAGGAUGGAAACCUUGCACCCCCACUUCUAACUUCCUGCCAUUUGUCUUCUCCUUCCUCAAAGCAUCCUUUUUGGCAGACCAACAACAUGACUGUAUAAAGGAUUUGAAAUAAUUGAACAAAAAAAGAUUAUAGAGGAAUUAUUUUGCUAUUUUGUUCAUGCUGGCUGAUCCACUCUGGCUGAGAAAACAAGCUGGGGAUAGAUGGAUUAGAGGACAACAUACAAGACUUUUGCUUAUCAUAGGAUAUUAGAUAACCUAUAUAGAUGAUGACUGAAUAAAUGUGUAGAAUUAUGAAUGGAUGAGUGGGUGGAUAGAUCAGAGCCAAUAUCCAAGUGUGAAAUAUCUUGUACAUUAUUUUUAAAUUGGGUCUCUCAUCAUUUCAAAUUGGGAAUUCUAUAUAGUUCAAUAUCGGGUCUUUUGAAUUGGUAGAUCUUUCUCAUGCCAACUAAGACAUCUGCCUUCAGUCUCAUGAAAUGACUACAUGACAACAAUAUACCAAAUUAAUAUCAACAUGUACAGCUAUUGAACAUAUGUGUUAUGAGUGAAGGAUGGAUGCUUUUCAUUGUGAAUCUGAACCUCUUCCAUCAACUUUUCUUCACUCUCAUCAUUCUGUUUACCAUAAGUAUGUUUGCUGCUAUUGUGUACAUUCUAUCCCAGUUACUAUAACAUAUAAUUUCACAGAAAGCCCACUUCCAUACUGGCAGUAUCUCUUGAAGCUAUUUUACAGUUAAUAACAAAUUAUUUUUAUAUCAACAUUUAUUUGUAUUUUCUUUUGUGUGUCGUUCAUUAUGUAUGUUUCUAUGUCACUCUCAAUGCUUAUAUUUUUUUGGAAAUAGUAAAGUGAAAGGUUGAAAGACUGUUGAGACAUUUUACUGGGAGUAGUUCAAAAAAGUGAUUGAAGGUUUCAGUGCGCUUUCAGAUAAUUCAACCCUGAUGUCUAUCAAAUAACUUUGGGUCUUGAUCAUACAACAUUGAGAAUAUAGGACGACAUGUUGACUAUCCCUUGUACGUUUGAAGGUCGUCUGCACAAUUUAGGGGCAUAACUGUGCAUCUUAGCCCCAUGCAGUUAUGGGCUUGUUAUCAAUUAUACAGGCCAAACUUGAGGGUAUACUGAGGCUAAAGAUAAAUCUGACUGGCUACUGGCUUGUAUGGCAGUAUUAUGAAGCCAUGUUGCUCAGUAGAUAAUUGCCCCUAUGCCUUUUAAAACUAAAGACUUUACCUUUUUUGAACAUAGGACCAGAUGAAAAAUAUGUAAUGCAUGUUCUGCCACACUGAUUAAUGCCUACUGCCAGUUGAUGUAAUCAAACGUUAGUGACCACAAGCAAAUGUUCUGGACACAUCCUCAGUUGUGUACCUUAGUGUCAUCAGGUGUUUCGGGUCUAGUCCCUGCCCCUGUCUUGCUUGAGUGACAGCCUUUGCAUAUCUUGCUGCCUCUACUUACUGCCUGAUUUCCAGUACUAUCAUCUUCCCCGCUCUGAAGGAGUUGCCUUGUUGCACAGGGGUCUCCUCUGACCUAGGCCCAAACAACCUCUUCCCCGUUGAAAGUGGCCCACAAUGUCAGCGUGUUCGAGUGCUGCUUUUGCUUGUUGAGUUGCAUCUUUUGGUGUCAAUUUCUGUCCUGUUGUCAAGGAUGGUCCAACAGCCUGUAUAGAUUUGUCUCAGGACUCUGAGAGAGUCAACUCCAGCCUUGUUUUGGUGCAUUUAAACUCUUCUACCAAACUUGAGAUAGGCAGCUCGACAAUGAGGAACGACCUGUCCAUACAGGCCGAUGUUGCUCAUUUCUCACAUAGGAAUUGAUCAUCCUCUCCAUGUUCUCAACUUCUGUGAUAGGAUCACAACUACUGUAUGUGGCCACAUCAUUCGGGGGAAUGGCCAAACUCUAAGCACCAGAGCUUUAACUUACUAGGAAGUAUGGACUGGUCGAUAUUCUUAAGACCUUUGUUGACAUCCUGCUUCAGUUGCUGGACCUGCUCGCAGUCUUUGAGGCUUACAUCAUAGCAUGGCUUUUUAUUGGUUUCUCAGACACUGUUGGAAAGGGUUCUCCAUUGAUGUAGAACCUAUGGUGUGAUCUCUUACAUUUGCUUAUUGAGAUGCUUCUUGAGUUUGAUGGAUUGAUACUCAUUCUGGCCCAUGUGAUGUUGUCAUCAAGUUUCCCUCGCAACCGUGUAGGCCAUGAUUGGUGUUAAUCAGAACCCCAGACUGUUGUCGCUUGGCACCUACUACCCAUUUUGAAGCUCUAAUAAUCACCUCUCUAGCCCCAGUGAAAUCUAGUGGGGAGAUAGUGCAGCCAAACAUGCUGCCCACUUGGAUACGCUGCCAUAUGGUGGUAAAAUCUGGUGUGAAGCAGAAUUGCAGAUCUUCCAAGUAGGCUUUAAACAAAUUUGUGAUGGUUUCUGGUACUUCUAAGAAGCCGGAAGCAGCCCAGAGGACACGGUGGUACUGACCCGAAUGCAUUAGUGAGAUCUAGGAAGAUGACGAUUAGAUCUCUCUUCUCACUUUUGGCUGAUUGGAUUUGUUACCAGAUCAUGCUAGUGUGUUCUAAACAUCCAGAGAACCAUGGAAUUCCCGCUUUUGUAACCGUUGUAUCCACCAGCUUGUUUUUCACCAGAUAGCUUUUUCGUGUCAGCCUUUGGGCUAUGAAAAUAAAGAAGACCUGGCCUUCUACAUUGAAGAGACUGAUGGGUCGAAAUUGGCUGAUUGAGGAUUCCUCCUCUUUUGGUAUCAGUACUCAUUCAGCUCUGCGCCAAGACUUGGGUACUUUUUGGCUUCACCCAUGCCAAACAUUAAUUUCUUCAAGAAGCGUAGAACAUUAGGAGCAUUUUUUUAUACCCUGUACAGGACACUGUUGGGGCCUGGGGCUGAUGAUGCUCUUGCCCGCCGCACUGUGCUCUCCACUUCUUUCCAUUUCGGAGGGCUCACAUCCAUUUGGCUGCUCAAUAGGUGGGAUAUCAUUAAAAUAUCUAUCGGAUCAUGUCUGCCUGGGUCAAAGGGUAAUCAGUCCAGGUGCUCCUCUAUGUCCUGCUUUGAGGUCCUCAGGGUUCCUCCCUUCUUUGCAGUGAAGAGGACAUUCACGAACAUGAUGGGGUCUUGAAAGAAACGGGUUCUUUGUCGUUGUUUUCUUUUCCGAGCUGUUCUUAGGCGCUCUGCCCGCCUUAAGGUUGUCAGUCGGCUCUUGAUGUUCUGCCGCAGUAUGUUAAUUCCCUCCUUCUGCUCCUCUGAUGCUUUCUUCCAAUGCUUUUUAAGCUGCCUCUUCUCUUGUACCUUAUGUUCUAUUUCCAGCUUCCUUCUAGACUUGGUUUCCAUUGUUGGUGUUAUCCGUUCUUUCUGUGUCACUCCAACAUGUUCCGUUCUGAAGUUAUAAAUGACGUUACCCAUCCUUUCAAGUUUUGUCUCAACUUUGUCCUUUAUCUUUUCCAGGAUAGUGCUUAGGUCUGCAUUGAUGGGCUCCCAUUUGGCUUUUUCUGAUGCUCCAGGUCAGGUUACAUUUGGUUGGUAAAGGUUUCUUCUACCUUGUUGCUUGAGAUAACCUCCUGAGAUACAGGGGGACUGAUGUACUGCGAACUUUGGGUUGAGUCAGGUCGCUCUCGACUGACUUGAUUGACUUCUUAGAAAGUAAUGCGCUCUUUCGAUCAAGCACUUCUUUCUUUGGUGUAUUUUUAGGCCCUUGGCAGAUAUUAUUUUCCUCCAGCCACAGGGACACACCUGGAGCUUAUUGUCUGAUUCUGUCAUGUUAGCUUCUUGAAUUGUGCUUGUCUUCAUCUUUGUUGUGAGUCGUCUUCCGCCCCAACUCUCACUGACUCUGGGUGUAUUUUUCGUUUAGUUGCUUUUGUAGCCAUUAGUUUGUUUCUCCGAAUACCAAGUCAUAUUGGAUCCCGCCAGUAUGGGUAGGUAACCCAUGCCAGCCCUGGUGGGGUCUAUACCCUCCAGCCAGCUUUUUUUCCUCCCCGCCACAAGGUAUUUCCCUUGUUGUCAGCUAUUCUGCUCAUAGCGGUCACUGGAUGAAUCCACCUACAAAAAAGAAGUUCAAACCCUUUUUACUUACACACCUUAACACACCUGGCCAGUCUCUGUGUAAAGUAUGCAAUAAAAGCUGUUUUAUAAUCUGUUAGACAGCACAGUUAAUACCUUUGGCCUGACUGCAAUUUUUGCCGCAAGAUUUCUGAACAACCACUGCACAUUCACGUGAGGUUCUUCUGGUACUUAGUCUUAUGAUCUGAUAAAUGAAGAGGCAACAUGAUGCUUAAGGGAAUAAACCAUUUUGGUUUUCAAUUCCUCUUGAAAACCAAAAAACAAAACACCUUGCUGUGGUUUGAACACACAUCUUUCAGAUAUUAAAAAAGAUAUUUAUCAUUUAUAUCAUGCCAACAUUCAAACUGGUAGACCGAACUGAUAUGUUGAUGUGAUGGAAGUAGAAAGCAACAUUUACUUGAUUUAGAUAUUUUUUUGUUUUUUUUCUAUAAAAACAAGACUGGGACCACAUCAUCAAAGUCACUGUACAGAUUGUAUCAUUUACUAACUAAUUGUUCAUCUUCACAGUUAAUUGUUUCAAGUUUAGAUUUAGGCUUUGAAUGUUUUUAUAUUCAGCCUGCUGUCACUCCAGCACAUAGUAAAUAUCAGCUCAAGAUACUACACCAAAACAGCGGGAACAUAUAGAACAAAACCUCCUCUAGGACAAAGAUUUCAAUGUAAUUUGACUGUUGAGAGAUAAGAGCAAUCUGUGUGCGCGCGCACACAUGCAUGUGUUUGGCUCCAAGCAGCCCAUUUUUAAGGGGUGUAUAGGCACCAAAUCAAGCCACUGUCAGCGAAACUCCUUAGACACUGUUUUUGUUCUCUCAGCAAAUUGUUUGUGUCUAUUUUUCUCUUGUGACCGUUUUUUUUUGUAUCAGAAGCAUUUUAUAUAAUAAAGGUUCUAUUUUAAGGAA